GACUUGACGUUAACCGAAGACCAAGCGACCAAGCGACCCAGCGACCGAACGUCCGAGCGACCCACCGACGAACUCUGUUCCGUCUACGCGACUCGCGGAACUCACCUAAAAAGAGCCUAGAAACGCUUGCGCGCGCUGCUCAGGACGCCGCCUCCUGGCAGCGAUAAUCGCAACAAAUCUGUGUAGUUGCAACUUGCGAUUUGCAACAAAACAACAGUUACGUAUUUUUUUUCGGGUGACUUGUGCUAGUGAAAGUGUGUGAACUGCGCCAUGCAACGCUGGCAACUGUUUCUAUUGACCCUGGGCGCGUGCUCGGCGCUGGCCAAGCCCAACGAUGCGUACCUCAAAAUGUUCGCCUCGCCGCCGGCGGAGGAUCCCUGCUACGAUGAGGACAAGGCGCGCGCCUGCAUACCGGACUUUGUGAACGCCGCCUACGAUGCGCCCGUCACGGCCAGCAGCAGCUGCGGCGAGCAGCAGCCGCAGCGCUACUGCGAGUACCAGGAUCAGAGCCGAGCCGGCGGCAGUGAGCUGCAGUGCCACAGCUGCGAGGCAAAUAGCUUUCCGCCGCGCGCCCUCACCGAUCUGAACAAUCCCAACAAUGUGACCUGCUGGCGCUCAGCCCCGAUCGCGCCAGGCGCCAGCUAUGCCGGCAGCGGAUUAGCCACCUCCUGGGGCGACAAUGUCACCUUGACCCUGUCGCUGGGCAAAAAGUACGAGCUGACCUAUGUGAGCUUGCAGUUCUGCCCGCGUGCACCGCGCCCCGACUCGCUGGUCAUCUUCAAGAGCUCCGACUUUGGCCAGACCUGGCAGCCGUUCCAGUAUUACAGCUCGCAGUGCCGCCGCCUGUUUAGGCGGCCCACCCGCACCACCGUCACCAAGCACAACGAGCAGGAGGCGCGCUGCAGUGACGCCCAUCGACAUGGCCAUGAUGGCAACGGGGGCAUGGCAUCGCGCAUUGCCUUCAGCACGCUGGAGGGCCGACCCUCGGCCCGGGACCUGGACGCCUCGCCCGUGCUGCAGGACUGGGUGACGGCCACCGAUAUACGCAUUGUCUUCUAUCGGCUGCAGCAGCCCGAUCCCCAGGCGCUGCUGGCCAUUGAUGCCCCCACAGAUCUGCGCACCGGCAAAUACAGCGUUCAGCUGGCGGGCAACAAUAUCGAGUCCAAUGCCUCCCAUACGCAGACGCUUUCCGUUACCGCCGCCGCCGGCGCAGCCGGACUCCACUAUGCCAUCUCCGACUUUUCCGUGGGCGGGCGCUGCAAGUGCAACGGCCACGCCUCCAAGUGCUCGCAGGACUCCAACGGGCAGCUGAGCUGCGAGUGCCGCCACAAUACGGCCGGACGCGACUGCGACCGCUGCAAACCCUUCUACUUCGACCGGCCCUGGGGACGAGCCACCGCGCGGGAUGCCAACGAGUGCAAAAUGUGCAAUUGCAAUAAUCAUGCGCGUCAAUGUCGCUUCAAUAUGGAUAUCUUUCGCAUCUCGCAGGGCGUCUCUGGCGGCGUCUGUCAGAACUGUCGACACUCGACCACGGGACGCAAUUGUCAUCUGUGCAAGGAGGGCUACUAUCGGGAUCCCAGCAAGCCGUUGAAUCAUCGCAAGGUGUGCAAAGCCUGCGAGUGUCAUCCGAUCGGCUCAUCUGGCAAGAUCUGCAACAACACGAGCGGUCAAUGUCCGUGCAAGGACGGCGUCACGGGUCUCACCUGCAAUCGCUGCGCCCGCGGCUACCAACAAAGCCACUCCCCCAUCGCACCGUGCAUCAAACAACCACCUCGCAUGAUCAAUAUGCUGGAUACACAGAAUACGGAGCCGGAGCCAAAUGAAUCUACUGGAGGCGUUGGCGUGAAUAGAGGCGUCUCCUCGGCGGCCGCCCCAACGCAAUAUUAUCGCACCGAGGGCGGCAGGGAAUGCGAAAAGUGCAGAAUCAGCACCAAAAGGUUAAACCUCAACAAAUUCUGCAAACGAGAUUACGCAAUAAUGGCCAAAGUAAUUGGCCGCGAUACGAGCAGCGAGGCGGCCAGCAACGAGCGCAGGCGCGCAAUGGAUCCGGACGUGGACUACGAAAUGGAUCAGCAGCCGGCGGGGGGCCAGGAGUACGAGUAUCAGGCGGCGGCGGCUGGGAUCGGCAGCGCCAGCGUUCCGGACUAUCCAAACGACAGCGAAACGGCGCGCUUCGAUCUGCAAAUUCAGGCGGUAUUCAAGCGCAGCAGAACCAGCGCCUAUGGAAUGCCGAAUACAAUGCUGAAACGAGGUCCUAUGACCUGGAUCAUACCGAUUAAGAAUUUGGAGUGCCGCUGUCCCAAGAUCAAACUCAACAGAUCCUAUUUGAUAUUGGGGCGGGACUCAGAGGCACCGCCCGGCUAUCUGGGCAUUGGUCCGCGUUCGAUAGUCAUCGAGUGGAAGGAAGAUUGGUAUCGACGCAUGAAGCGCUUUCAACGGCGAGCGCGCACCUGUGCGUAGAUGUGCCGUCCACAUCUUUGUCACAGAUUUUGCUGUCAAUUUAAUUACCUACCUUCAACGAUUUUUUUUUUUUUUUGCUAACCAUAUGUGUAGAUUUUAGAGCCUUAAUUAAGAAUUUAAAAUAUCAAAUCAAAGCGUCGCAACUCCAAAACAUAGCCAAGUUUUCGCU